AUGCCCUUUGCUAUACCAUAUGUAUUAAGACGUUCUUCCCGUUUAUGCAGUAAUCUUACUAUUUGUUGUUCUGGUUUUAAUACUCCUUGUGUUCCUUGUACUGAUACUAAUAAUAAUUAUGGUCUUGUUUACUGCUAUAAUGAUCUUAAUAAUUAUGGUAAUCUUUAUGGUCUUCUUAGUGAUUGUGUUUCUGAUUAUAAUAGUAGUGAUAAUGGUGUUAGUCGUUCUUAUGGUUAUUAUCAUUGUAUUGAUGGUACUUAUUCUUCUGGUUCUGGCACUCUUCCUUCUGGUUAA